GUGUGUAUGGAGGAGCAGUGCGAGAUCAGCAGGCAGCAAGCGAGGAAUUGCGGGCGCGCGUGGUUGAUGCCUGCAUAUUACGUGCGUGGCGCAGAAUGGCAGGCAUAGCAGGAAGGUGUGUGGUCACGGACAGAUGAAACUGGAAUAUAGGAGCUACGCUAGCUUUCGAUUGUUCUCAGUGCUCUGCUCUGUUACUGAUAGUACAACGCGAGCCAGUUGUUCUCGAUGUCGUUCUGUAGUAAUGUGAAGACAUGCAGCCGUGGGUUCCGUAUGGCAAGUGUCGGUGCAGAGCGAAGUGGUGUGUGUGCUCUGCUACCCCAUAAAAUUUAUACCGGCAAGCCUAGUUCGGGCACACCCUCCGUGCCCGCCGCGCUAGAUCUUACCCAGAAUGAAGAAGCAAAACGUCAGGACUCUAUCGUUGAUCGUAUGUUGUUUUACGUACCUGCUAGUGGGCGCAGCUGUUUUUGAUGCUCUCGAAUCGGAAAACGAAGUACUCGAGAAUGAGUUCCUUACUACUGUCGUCAAUGACUUUGUCGUAAAGUACAAUGUCACUACGGAGGAUCAGCUGCAGUGGGAGUUGUUGGUGGAGAGUAUGAUUCCCCACAAAGCUGGUGUCCAGUGGAAAUUUGCGGGUGCAUUUUAUUUCGCCACAACGGUGAUUACAACUAUAGGAUACGGCCACUCGUGCCCGGCGUCCGUGGAAGGCAAGGUGUUCUGCAUGGCCUACGCACUCAUGGGCAUCCCGCUGACGCUCGUCAUGUUCCAGGCGAUCGGCGAGCGUCUGAACACUUUCACGGCGUACAUCCUGAAAAACUGCAAGCGGUGUCUGAAAAUGAAGAGCACCGAGGUAACGGAGACGAAUCUCAUCAUGGUGAUAUCGACUGUGAAUUCGAUCGUGAUGACGUCCGGCGCCGCCUACUUCGACUACUACGAAGACUGGGGCUACAUUAACUCCUUCUACUACUGCUUCAUCACACUGACGACGAUCGGCUUCGGCGACUUCGUCGCGCUGCAGCAGGAGAACGCGCUGAAGGAGACGCCCGAGUACGUCGCCUUCGUGCUCGUGUUCAUCCUCUUCGGAUUGACAGUCGAGUCUGCGGCGCUGAACUUGCUCGUGCUGCGCUUCAUCACGAUGAACACCGAGGACGAGAAGCGCGAGGAGGCGGAAGCGCAGGCCGCCGCGCAGGUCGGCGUGCGGCUCGAGGGUGACGUCAUCACGGCGAACGGCAGCGUCAUUUCUGGCGGCGAACUCGACCUCACCGACGAGUACAACGAUACGGUGUCCGUGUGCUCGUGCUCGUGUUACGGCCGUAGUAAUAAAAAACACCGAUAUAAAGUGACCAGAUCUCCUGGUCGGAUAUCGCACUUGUUACCGCUACAUACCCUAGAUUCAAGCGGCAGAGACGAUCUCUAUACAAACUACGUAACAGAUAUAAUUGAUGAGAAAAACUCGAAUAUUUCACCGGCGCCUGAAACCCCAAAUCGAAAGAGGGCGUCCAUCUAGCAGAUAGUAGAGUAGAAUAGGUUUAUACGGCUGUAAGUAUUCAUUGUACAGUAAAAAUAUGCCGGGGAGUUUGGUGGCACGUUGUUGCCAUGGUGUGGUGUUGAUAGUAUCUCACAGUCUGUCGAACAAUUCGACAGUGGAUAAAUGCCAUUAUAAGCGUCGACAAAGAGGUGUCUUUGUUUUGAGAAAUUGUUAUCAUAAUCACUCAGGAAUGAGUCCUUGCAAGCUGUUAUAGACUUUUCCUACAUGUCGUUUAUUCCAAUCUAAGGUUGCUUUAAUCGUUAUUAUAUAUAAGUACUGAUCGACAUUUACUAGUUUAUGGAGUAAUAGUGCCGCAUGGAGAUUUACACCCAUUAGUAACAGCUUUGCCUACAAAACCACAGAAUUAUGAGGAAUCAUAGCCGUUGCGCUGACAUCACAGAGUGACUGGCUGCGUGGCAUUUCUAUUGGCAUACUAUUUUGUAGAAAACGUCUUUUGAAACAACGCCCUAUCAAAACACGAACAAACCUGUGGCAAUAAUCUAACUGACGUAAAUUGAAACAGAACUCUCGUUCGUUAAUCACAUAUUUCCGCUGUUAACUGGAAUGGUUUGUAGGCUAAAACGUGACAAAAUAAGAAACCGUAUAGCAUUUUUUAAAUUCAGCAGCUAAACACAGAAAUGGUUCCUUGUCGGUCUGGCCUAGAUAUAGACGUCCACUAUUGGCAGUGACAGCUGGAGAACUCGUUGGUGGGUUUUGCGAAACCUGCAUGCAUCUAUAACUAUAUUUCGAUGUCACAAAAAACGUUCCGAAGAUCCUCAUGCAAAGAGCUUAUAUCGGGGCCCUAAGGCAAUAACUUUAAUCAAUUGAAUUAUUAGUAACUAUUUCCUUAUGCUUUCUCUCGCGCUGUCAGCGAUUGGAAAGGUUCUCUACGUGAAAGCAGGGCGUAUAUAAUUGUGCCUAAUCAGCUCCCAGAGAAUAAUAUUCCAUUACGUACCUCUCUCAUGAUCUAACCACUUCCUUUCUUAAUCGCUCUAUGUUAGCAAUUAGCUUUAGAACUACAAUCCUUCGCACUGCUACAGGCCUGUGGCAGAGCGAAGGGCUAUAGUUAUAGAGCUAUGUUAGCAAUCAAACAUCAACAUAACGUAGCUAACAGAGACGUUGUAAUUUACUGCUGAUGCCACGCACAGGAGCCACCCCAUGUUAUAUUGCACGUUAAAAAUCACCGAACUUCGCUUAGCAUUGAAUAGAUAAUCGGAGCGUGUAUACCGCACAGAUAUUAAAGCUAUCUUGAUGUACUGCCCUAGUAGGGCUGCAGGGUAUGGCAUGUCACUUAUUAUCAAGAGUCCAUAAUAGAAAAUUCUUCUAGAAAAUUCUAAUUGAUUUUUCUAUUAUGGACCCUUGUUAUUAUCAAACAUAUCACGGAAGUCGUUGAUGCAUUCCACGCAUAUGCGCGCACGCACGCGCGCACGGCCUCUUUUACCGUAUCUUCUAUCCCCUUGCGUUAAUGCGCACAUGCAUAUGCAAUGCAGCUCAAGCUGGUACGCUGUUGCUAUAGGUGUCGGUCGUAAAUUCAUAAAAGACAGGGGGAAUUUUAUUAUAGGAUUACACGAGUAGGUGGGUGCGCUGACUAAUCCUUCUCAGUACAGUUAUAGCAAUGUUUCUGCGAUCAACGCAUUCCCACCGCAUAUAGAAUUUAACUCUUCGUGUAGUAUUUAUGUUUCUAUGCGUUUUAAACAUUAAAUUACUAUCGUGCACCGCGUAACCGCCUGGGUGCAUCACUUAUGUCAAUUGCCUAGUAUCAAGCAAGAGGUUGUGUUCAAUGCUAUGCACUAGAUGAACGUCGAUAAUAGCGGGGCUGAAGCAGAGCAGUAGGGCCAAAGUAGCUGCGUAUUAUCCGUUGGAACGAUACUGGCUCCAACCGCGGUUCAACUACGCCUCAAGUGUACCAUGGUUAGUGAUUGUUGCGUCACUUGACAAAUGGCCCUCUCCGGAGCGGCGCCAGGGAAAGUGACAGGGGGCUACAGCUCCCCCAUUAAAAAGGCUUAGCCUCCCUCCCCGUCCGGGGAAAAUCAGUAACUAGUCGGAGAAUGAUCUACGAAAAAAAUUUGCAGUCGCUCUUCAUCUGUAGCGCUGUGCUAUUCCCAACAACGCAUGAAAACAGUUAGCAAAAUAAAGGGCUGAUUUUUGUACGAUACAUAUUAUAUCAGGAGUCUAUCAAUAUAUAUUGAUAGACUCCUGAUUAUAUUACAAUACAUCAAUAGUCAAAAAUAUAACAAUCAUUUCCUGCUAAAAGCGUUCCAGAUGCCACUUCAAUUCAAGUAUUCAAAUUCGGGGGAGAUUCGGAUUCCCUAGGCUUAGGUAUAGCCUAUGGUUCCGUAGUUGCAGUGUGAGUGUAACUCUCCCUCUCCUAUUGGGAACGUUUACCCCCCCCCUUCCCGGACCUUAGAUCCUGUGUCGGACACUCUUUGGUGCCACGCCUGCCCCCUUCUUAUAAAUGUAUUUUUUUAUCACAGUCUGAACAAAUCAAGUCAUUCGCGUAUCGUCGAAAACUUACCAGGUGGCAUUCUAGCUCUGGAGUCGUAGGUUAAACUUUGGUCGCUGGAAUUAACUCUGGAAUAAUUUUGUGCUUAACUGGCAUAUUUUUGAAAGUAUUCAUAAGCCCGUUAGUGAAACAUUAAUAGCCCCACAUUGAACAGCACGCAAUGAGUAUUCGCAUUCAAACUGGCUCAGCAGUUUCACGGCUUCUCAGCAUUGCGAAGCUGAUCAAUACGAGUUUCUUCCUUUCAGCUACAUGCGAAAUACUUGGAAAUUUAAUACUCUGACGAUCUUAAUAAGGAUUUAACGAGGUAGCGGCUCGAAUUCAGGUGUCUAUUUUCUCACAUCUGGCGUCACACGGUGGUGGUGGGGGGAGCCUGCGUUAACGUGUUUUAAAAUAUUUUAAUUAAAAUUGACAAGUAGUGUGUAGAGUUUUAUUCACUUACGUAGGUGACAUAUUUAAAAUAAUUUUUAUCGAUAUGGGAGCUUAUUAUCAAAUUCUAAUUUGGUUCUGUGUGCGUAAAGAUAGGGGUUUAUUCUGAACUCAUAUACGGUUUAUGUAUUUGUGUAUUCUACUUGUCGCGGUUACAUAACGUUAUAUAGCUUGAAUCCUUCCAAAACUAUGGCAAUAUCAAUGUUUUACCUUUCCAUUAACAUGCCUCUUGAUUGUGUAUUGUUAGUAGUUAGCAUAUUUAUGUUUCUAGUCAUAAUACAUGAUAUCUUACAGACAUGCACGCAAUCUUUCUUAUAUAUUUGUGUGCUAGAGUGGCUAUUGGGUGUUCGUUUAAUUAUGAUACAAUACUAUCCAUCUUUUGUAUAUGAAUGAAAAGUACAUGUAAAUAAAUUAUUAUUGAUCUGUGUAUUUACGUUUUGUGUAAAUACAUGUAAAUAAAUGUUAACAAUUGCUGAUGUAGCGUAUUGUUACUGCACAUGCCACAGCGCUGGCGAUCGUGUAAGUAGAGCUGGCCUACUUCGGAAGCCAUGCGAAUGUAAACGGUAGUCCUAGUACACAACUGCUUGCGCUCGUCCCCGUGUACAAUGCGUGCUUCGAUUCUGAAUUGUUGCUAACGUCAAACAGCUGUUGGUGCGUUGCUGGGUUCCCACGUGGACUUGGCAAGCGUAUAAUAGCGGACACGAUGGGAGUGUUGUAGCGCCGUGGCCUCGCGUGUCGCGGGUGUCUAACAAAAGCCCCUUAUCCUAAAGGCGUAACUGUUGUCAAUUACCAUAGUCCCAAUUUCGAGGAAAGAUAGGUGUUUGCACUCCAUACCACUUUCCGAGAAUGAACUUUAUUCUAAAUGACAGUAGUCGGCUAUUUCAUCGAUAAAUAAAUAAUUAAAUAAGUAAAUAAAUAAAUAUCUAUAUAUCUAUAUAUAUAUAAAUGUAGUCUUUUACCUAGUUUAGGUUAGUUCACAUAUUAAAAAAAAACAAUGCCGCGUGACUUUUGGCACAGAGCGCGUUUGGCUUAUAGUGCUGACGUCAAUGUUCAUCAGCGUGGGCAAUAGAUUAUGAAAGCUAACUAUCUGGCGAUUAAUAAUAACUUGUAAUAAUCUAAUUUGAAUGUCUGCUGAAGUUUGCCACAUAGCGUUGCUAGAUAAAUGUCAGAACAGUAAUUUAGAUUAUUUCAUUACGAAUGAUAUCUUUCUAUGGUAUUUUUUGCGAUAGGGUAAGAUAAGGUUCUCUUACGUCCCUAUAUAAAUCGAACUUUAAAUAAUUUUUAUUUGCCAAUAAUGGUUUUUCAUUUUCUUUUUUGCUCUGUGAUCAAAUCACAGGCACUUGUUGCUUAGGCUGUGUAGCUUCUUUGUGGCAAGCCUUAUAUUAGGAAAAGCAACAGAGCGGAAGAGUUAUAUUGAUUUUCGAUCAAUAAAUGGUGCGAGCUCUGAUGUUAAUAUGGUGGAAAUAGUGUAUAUCCCGUUUCUCAUUAAGUAUCGUGUAAAAUUUCUUAAAUUGAAAUAUACGAUUUUUUACGGAAAUAAAACUUUAAAGUA